UUUCUUCUCAGACGUAGCAAUUCUUUUUCAAGCUCGUUUUUGCUAACGUCAUUGUUGUUUUUGUUCUGUGUUGUCUUAGAAUACGAAGCAGCUGACACUUCUUCUACGUCAAGUUGACAUCACCGUUCUCGCUACUGAAGCCGUGAACGACAUCAACAGUGCAGAAACCCAACUUGAAAGUUUGAAGCGUCAUGAUGCUAGGAUUAUAUUUGCCGGGUUCCAGCCAGAUCAAGCCGCUAUUGUUUUCUGUAAGAUUUAUCAGCAAGGGCUUUACGGAUCAAAGUACGUCUGGAUCAUACCCGGGUGGUUUCCUAACGGCUGGUGGAAGAACCAUGACUCGGAAGCAGUCCCAUGUACUUCCGAGGAGAUGGAGAUGGUGCUGGAGUAUCACAUUGGUUUCGAUGGAGAUCAAGUUGUCUCGGAUGUUGAGUCAAUUGAUUUCAACGGUGUUAAGCCGCAACCUCAUCACCUGGAAUAUUUACGCGCUCUUCACGAGAUGGACGACAAUUCCCGCGACAUUUAUGCAUAUGACAACCUCAUCACCAUGGCGCUCAUACUGAACUCAUCUAUAGUAGAUGUAGAACAACUGCCAGGAAACAGUGACGGGGAUAGAGUCAGACCAAGAAGACUGGACGAUUUUACCUACAUGGACAAAGAAAUGGCGGAGGUAUUCUUCAAGCAUGCUGGGAAAAUAUCGUUCAUUGGUCUUACGGACAAGGUAGAAAUCGGAUCCAUCGGAGUCAGAAGUUCACUAGUCUACGUAGAACAGUAUGUUGGUUUUCAAAAAUUUGUCGGGGAAUGA